AUGAAAUUCGCAACUGCCCUUAUCGCUUCUGCCGCCGCUUUUGAUCCUGUCAACUGGCCAGGACAAUCCGACGAAGAUCCAUGCGGAACUCAGAUCCAAUUCGAAAAGACUGCUGUCAACUCUACUUGCACCCUUGAUUUCAACGGCUACAACCCAUGGAGAGUCUUCCUCGGUGGUGAAUUCAUCAUCGACGAAUAUUCUUUCACCAACUUCGACGGUAUCGGAUCCGACACCAUCGAUGUCGUGAUCUUCUGGGAACAAUCUUUCGAUGCCUCUACUGGUAUCCUCAACAACGCCACUUGCGGAACUGACGUUGACGUCACCCUUUCCUGCACCGACGAAGGCUACGCUCUCCCCGGCCUUUACUUCAUGGAAACCGCCAAUGACUUCCGAAUGGCCAAGGAAUCCAACUACAACUUCCAGGUCGCUGGUGCCCAGCCCGGAGAUGUUGUCGCUAUGCAGCUCAAUGACGCCGUCGGAAACGGCUUUGCCUGCAUGAACUUGACCACCAACUCUGGUGAAAUCAACGUUGACGGCAUCAACGUCAUCCAAGAUCCAUGGGGUAACCUUUACUCUGAUACCGGCCUCGUGACCAUCAACGUCGCUGACUAUGCCAGUAGCACCGUCAACCUCUUCACCACUCAGCAGCCCGGACAGCCAUGGGAGCCAUCCCUCUGGAAAUCCUCUGUCAGCAACUAA